AUGAAUUCCCCCGAGUCCCUCGCCGCCCUCUACGAACUAGCCAGCACCAACCCCGACAAGCAAGUUGAGACCGCCGAGCUGAUACGGGAGGUCGGUCUGAAAUGUAUCAGCUUCAAUGGCAUUCCACGCACCAUUAAUUGCCUCAACGCCUUCAAAGCCAGCCUCCCAGAUUCAGUCGGCAGCCAGCUCUCCCGCACUCCGACCCGUGCGCCAACCCCGGAGAACAUCACCGCGAUCAGUGAGCGCGGCCAGGCACUCUGGGAUUCUAUCUAUCGGCCAUUUGAGAAGAAAUUAUUCAAUAAACUGGCUGACUCACACCCCGACCUGCCGGUGCAUAUCCUGCACGGCAACUACGGUGCUCUGUUGUCAGAUCCAGAGCGACGCACCGGUGCGUCUGCUGGGCGCAUUCUUACGUCGAUAGUUGCUAUCUCGUGCUUGCGCGCUCAGUCUGGCGUUGCUCCUCAGGUCAUCUCGCAUGUGUUUGGGUUGCGGAAGGCACUUGAAGAUGGCUCGUGGGUGAAGGAUGUCGAGGGGGAGAAGGCUGCGCGGUGGUUGGCUAGCGACGAGGGGAGUACGUGGAUUCUGGACAGCGUUGAUACCAUCGUUGAUGCUAUUAGCCAGGGCGCUGGGUCGAACUUUGCUCCUGCACGUGCGAAGCUGUAA